CGGCACACCUUCAUUCAGUACCAGAGUCCUCUGGUAGCAGGCAGUCCUAGUACACACGGCGAUCUUACAUGGAGGGACCAGAAUCUGGGCCAGGUUCUGCGUCACCUUCCAGGCAUGGGUGCCACUGCCAGCUGCAGGACAGGAAGGCGUAGACGGCAGCACCCAACUAUGCCAUCUGUACCCCCAGAAAGUCUCCUGGACAUUAACCUGGCCACAGAGGAGGAGCUAAUGACUCUACCGGGUGUCACACGAGCCUUGGCGCAAAGCAUCACAGCACAUCGGCGUAAAAUCCGAACCUUCCGCAGAGUAGAAGACCUAGCACUGGUGACGGGUGUAGGAGCUGAACACAUGCUGAAGCUACGACCAGAGAUUACCGUGAGAGAAAUCCCUACACAAUGGGCAGUAAGUGAAGGGGAGAUGACACCAAGUGAUGACACAAAGGAAGAAGGCAAUCGACCAGAAGAGACAGAAGGUCACAAGUAG